AUGAAUCUCCUAGACCCCUUCAUGAAAAUGACAGAAGAACAGGACAAAUGUAUCUCCGACGCCCCCAGCCCCACCAUGUCGGACGAUUCCGCCGGGUCCCCCUGUCCUUCUGGAUCCGGCUCGGACACGGAGAACACCAGACCCCAAGAAAACACCUUCCCUAAGGGUGACCCGGACCUGAAGAAGGAGAGCGACGAGGACAAGUUCCCGGUGUGCAUCCGAGAGGCGGUGAGCCAAGUGCUCAAGGGCUACGACUGGACGCUGGUGCCCAUGCCCGUGCGGGUGAACGGAUCCAGCAAGAACAAACCCCACGUGAAAAGACCCAUGAACGCCUUCAUGGUGUGGGCACAGGCGGCCCGGAGGAAACUGGCCGACCAGUACCCCCAUCUCCACAACGCCGAACUCAGCAAAACCCUGGGCAAACUCUGGAGGACGCACAUCAAAAUGGAGCAGCUCAGCCCCAGCCACUACAGCGAGCAGCAGCAGCACUCCCCGCAGCAGAUCAACUACAGCUCCUUCAACCUCCAGCACUACAGCUCCUCCUACCCCACCAUCACCCGCUCCCAGUACGACUACACCGACCACCAGAACUCCAGCUCCUACUACAGCCACGCCGCCGGGCAGAGCGGCGGCCUCUACUCCACCUUCACCUACAUGAACCCCACGCAGCGCCCCAUGUACACCCCCAUCGCAGACACUUCUGGGGUCCCCUCCAUCCCCCAGACCCACAGCCCGCAGCACUGGGAACAGCCCGUCUACACACAGCUCACCAGACCCUAA